AACGUAACUUUCCUAACCUGUGUCAGUUCAUCUCGAUUCGAUCCGAAUACAACAAUCUGAGACGCAGUUAAAAAAUAGACUAGUGGAUAGUGGAGUGCUUUUUUAAAUAAAGUUUCGUCGUUACGACGACGAAUUGCUUUUACAAAACGACGAAUUUUUCUUCCCCGUUUCCUGGGCGUCUUUUCGCCAUUCUUUUGGAGAAAGCGGAUUGGCGUCGCAAGAAGCGAUCAGAAAAUGAGGAGCUGAGAAUAGACACCUUUCGUUACCACGAGAGAUGAGCGGAUCUCGACUGGGCAGGGGCCGAGGUGGCCGCCUGGCUCUAUACGGAUGUGCCCUAAUAAUUUUUGUAAUCGUUGUAUAUCUUUAUCGGGCGUGUUCUAUUGAAAUGGUCAGGCUUCAGGAACUCCAUGUGCAAUGUUCACAUCAGCAAGAAGCAUUAGCUGCUCAACUGCAAGUAAUUUACGAGUACAAAGUUCGUCUCGAGAAAUCCUUGCAAGAGGAGAAAAACACGAAUCAGGCUUUGAAGCAGGAGCUUCAGCAGCGAGUCUCGAGAGAAAAGUCUCUUAGAGACAAAGACAAGGAGAAUGUUGAAAUUGUGCAAAGUUACAAUGCCAUGCAGCAAAAAUACAACAUUCUUCAAUCCGAAAAUAAAGACAUCGAGGAGGAAUGUACCAAGAUAAAAAAGCAGGCGUUAGAAGAAUCGAAUAGGCUAGAAUCGACUUUGAGAGAUCUUCGUAGCGAAAUCAGUAGGGCUCAAGAGGAUAAGAAAAAAUCCAUGGAAAACUUAAAGACUAAGUACCUCACGAUUCAAAAAGACUAUGCGAAAAUGGAGACUGAGUACAAUAAUUUAGUCAAAAACGCAGUCAAUUCGAAGAGCUCUGUAUUACAUUUAGAAAAGCAAGUCUUUCAACUCAAGAGGGAACUGGAACAGGCAAAGAAAUCCAUCACCUCUCCCGACUACGUGGUAAAUCGUGCAGCGUCUCAGCAGCAGGAGCCAGAAACAAACCAAGACAAGUCGAGAGCGCAUAGUGCAAAUGAGCAGGUUGCUCGUCCAUCUCAACACAAGCAACAGAAUACUCCAGCGCAUUCAGUGAAAUCUGUUCUUGGUUCCAAUAUUGAAAGCACAACAAAGGCUUCUGUUGUUUCCGUUUCUCCGGAAAGGAGCCUCACUGCUGGAAGAACAAAAGUGAAAUUGCCCAUUGGUGUGGUACCAAUUCCCGUAAUAAUAAAUCCGAAGCUUGAGAAUGAAGAAAAGAAGACAGAUGAGAAGAGGAGAAAUACAGAUGCUGGACACAAUUCGAAAGUGAAAGAUCUUGUUGUGGAAAGUGGUAAAAAGGAAAAGGCAAAGGAAUUGGAUAUUAGAAAUAUGGAUUUGCUGGCACACCAACCAGCAGGAAAAGUUGCUGAACGACAAGGAAAUGUAGGAUGGCUCAGAGUUCAACCUGGUGUUCAGGAAAUUGGUGACGAACCAAAUCAUCUGGAAAGACUGGCUGGGAUGGAGGAUGGGGGUCAACAAGGUCCUGAUAUUGCAGAAGAUCAAUAUGAGAAUGAAGAGUUUUAUAGAGAACAGCAGCCUAAAAAUAACGACCUCCGGAUCGAGGAGGAAGACGAGGGUGAAGACGAAGAUGAUCAGCUGGAUUAUCCUAACAACAACUUGAAGCACGAAAAACGUGAAUGAGAAACAAGAUUCGUAAAUCUUGGAAGUUAUAAACGAAAAGAGUUUAAAAUAUUCGCUAAUGGCGAUUCGUUUUUGUAAAUAUAAAUUAUAAUUUUAAUUUCUAACCAAGGACAAAGGAACCUGAAUUUUGUUCCUGCGAGACUGCUUUACUUUUUUAAGACAUUUCAAUUUUUGAAAAUAAUUUUCUAGUUAAAUCUGUUCCGACGACUCAACAUUUUUCAGCGAUUAAACAGAUUGAGAAAUCAAGACUGUUUCAUUUUUUUAAUCUACAUGUUUUGUAUAAUACUUAAGAAUUUUUACUUAAUGACAUUACUUAAUUGUGAAUUUGUCAGGUUGAUUGUCCAAUGUAUAUUUGAAUUAUUUCCCACUUUUUAAAAGUGGCAUUGUAGGAAAAACUUUUAGCCAAGAUUAGAAAAUUUGAAAUAUUUGAGAGGACUCGCUUCAUGACUUAAAAGUUACUUUAUACAGUUUUCAUGAACAUAGUGUAAUAUUUGUAUAGCUAUAGAACAAUUCAAAUGUACAUAACAUGCUUUUUAUAAUAAAAGAGAUGGAAAA